AUGCUUGUAAAGUCGCUGGUAAUUAUUAAUCUUGUGCACGCAAUUCUUCUACUAGUUUUACUUGUGAGUAAAAAUACUAUUUCGAAGAUUGACUCAUCAUUUUCAGUCGACUCACCUUCUUAUGUGGCUGAUAUUGGAGCCUUGCGACGCGGUUCUACCGGCGUUUUUGUGUUUUUGUUUCCGUCUUCCACUUAACAUGUGCUUUUUGUGAGUUCAAGCCAGAUCAGGCUUAAAGAAGAAGACAUUUCAACGAUUGUAGAGAGAUUUUAAAAAUUUUCCUACUUUUCAGAAUGAAUGCCUUGUUUUUGUGUGGAAUGAGCAUAGAGCGAACAUUAGCGACUUUACAAAAAACUUCAUAUGGCGAAUAUUCUUCAAUCAGCGGAUUUUUUAUCAUCGGAUUUUUGGUGAGGAUUUUUUCAAAAGUUUUCGUCAUCAGGAACUUUUUCUCUCAAUGCAAAAUGCUUCAAUACUUAGUUGUUCUUCACAGAUGUCUGUUUUCAUGAAAAUAGUUUUAUGGAGAACUUCAGACUAUUCUCGGCUUUUCGUCAGCCGUCUUCUCGCAACGGAAAUACGCUUUCGACAUGCACCACAUCUACUGUUCCGGGGCUUCCAGCGAGACGAUGAACGACUUGUCGUUGGUCAUGACGAUCAUGGGCGUCGCCGAGGUCUUGGCUUUCAUCUACACAGCCGGCCUGUACCUUCUCAAUCGGCGAUAUGUUAAAAUGUAGAUAAUCAUCUCCCAUUUAUGAAGUCCUCAGGGGUUUAUUGCAGAAAGGUCUACGACAACUUGCAACGGCAAAGUCAACUCUCGGAGAACGUGGCCGCACUCGAACUUCUGGUGCCUUGGUUCGCCUUCCACCUCGUCUUCUACGUCUCCUUCAGCCUCAGUGGCGCCACUUUGGCCCGUUUCAAGCCGCUUUUUUCCGAAUUCACCGACUUUCGGGCUUUUGUCUCUAUGGUCUAUGUGAGUGACAAAACUAGAAAGGCUGUAUUUGAUUGAAAUAUACUUUUUGACCUGUAUUAAUCUGAAGAAAUUCUGAUAAUCAGUGUGAUAGCCUAUCAUCAGAAAUAUGAACGUAACUUUUUGAACCAUUUCCAAUUACUUUAGCCAGGUUAAUGUAAACAGAUCGUCACCUGCGUAUCUAAGCGUUGAAAAUUUUUUACUUGGUUAUAUAUCAAUCGAUAAGUAAUGGAAUUUUUGACAUGAAAGAAGUUCUUACUUCAUUUGUUUUUCAAUUUUUGAGCCUUUUUCCAAAUCCUUAUGCGUCUGUGAAAAAAUAAACCAAGGUUCCUUUUUUCCAGACGAUACCCAUUUACACGCUCUUUUCCCCAAUAAUCGUCCAAAGCGUCCUUCGACGUGGCGCUUCUCUUCGAAAACAAAGGGUCCGAAACCUCCGACGCCCAAACCCGAGAGAAAACGACGUCUACUUUGGAAUCUAUGAUCAAAGUUGGAAGUGAUUAUGUGUAAUGCCUGAUGAUGAAAAAGCCGCUAGAAAAGCCAAGGUAGUAUUUAUGCUCUGUUGAUGAUUUCUUCGAAGAGCUCACUCAUCGCAUUGCCAACGCUUGGCCCUCUGUGGCGGUGAUAUGAAUACGGACUUGAAAAAAGACCUACCUUCCACAUAUUUUAUAAGACAUAAAUUGCAUUUUCUCAAGAGAUUUGUACUUAUUUCUAUUCCUACCCCAUACCGGUUUUUUUCUAAAGCUUUAUUCUUCUUCAAUUAUUUUUCUCUGAUUAAUCUUUUUUUCAAUUCAUUUUUUUCGAUUGUGUCUCUCCCAAAAAAAUUACCCCAAGAGCUGAAAGCUGUAAUAUUUCAAAUUUUAUUCGCAUCUUUCUUUUAUUUUUAUGAAACUUUAAAAUUGUAGGAAAUAAAUUGUGUUUUAUCUUUAGGUUGUCUUCUCAACCACUCAAAGUGAAAUGCGCAUUUUUUUUAGGGGCGCAAUUAUCGUUGAAUUCAGAGAUCAGUGCGUUUUCUCAGUUUUUUUUAGAGAAUUAAAAAUAAAUUUGAAUCUGAAAUCCCGAAAAUUUCGGGACUAACUAAAUUUUCAGUUUCAAUUUAACAAUCUUCCAGGAACUAUAGGACCAUCUGAGUGAAAAAUUCAUUUUUUCCUUACAUCACAUGUGAAAAAAUAAGAUUUCACAUGAAAAGAAACUAAACCUUCUCAUGGUUUUCAUUUGAAAAAGGGAAUGGAAAAAAUAUAAGAAAAGACUUAUUUGUAUCUUCAUUUUCAAACAGAACUUAUUUAUACUUUCUUCUGACCCUUUUCAGUUUGAAAAAAAAAAAAAAAUUUAUAUUGGUUUACGAGUUUUUUGGAAAUUGAAAUACUGUGAGCAAACUUAAUUUGUUUUUCGUUUCGAAACUACAAAUUUUCGAUCGAUUUAAAUCAGAUUGUUAUUUCGCAAUAAAAAGCUUUCCAAAAUGAUCUCUUAUAGCCCAGUCCUCAACUUACAAAAAAAAUGAUUGGGAAAAUUGUCUAAUAAUUGUCUAGACCUCAUGAAAACAACACUUCACUUUUUCUAUAAGUUAUGUCCUUCUAGGCUUUAACAAAAAAAUUCUCACGUUGAAAAACCGAUCUUUGGAGUUUGAACGGGAAAUUUUCAAUCCCCCAACAUAUUUUUAAAAAGUAAUUCACUCAUAGCAGAAAGUAUCCGUUUGGCUUUGUUUCAUCUGUGAAGAAGCCUUGCGAAAAACUUCAAAAACUUCCUUCCCUGAAAAUUUUUCUUGUGACAGAAUAAACUGGAUAGAAUAUCGGAAAAAUAAUUCAUUUAUAUAAAAUAUAUUUCAUUUUCGACUCGACUAAAAUAAUCAAAACCCACUGAUAAAUCGUGCAAACCAGGCUUUUUUCUAAUUGAGAGCCAAUUACGUCAAAAUCCUGUUCUCAGCACCUCGUUACACUUUUAUAACACGGUCAAUUAAGUGAUUCAAUCAGCCUGUUUUUCCCCUUUUUUUGUUUUCUGAUUUCAAACAAGCCCAAGCUUUUAUAACAAUCAACUUGCUUCUCGUUCUUCUGCUUGUAGUAUGAUUUUUCUCCUAAAAUGUCCCAUUUAUGAAAUAAUCUGAAAAAGACCUAAUCAAGAAAAUUGAAAAUUUUAGUCUUGAUGUUAAUAUUGAUAAAUAUGACUCAUCAGGAACAGAAAAUUAGAUUUUGCAGAAGCUCCUUUAUUAGCUGCAAAAAAAAUAUUUUUCAUCUUUCUAUGAAAAUAAUCUAGAAUUGUUUUCACCAAACUCAUUGGAGCGAUAUCAAAUAAUAAGAUCCCGAUGAGUAAUCGAUGGAAAUGUCUGGGACCUUUCGAUGAAGGUCAAUAAGAUGCAUGUUUCAGUGCGGAUGGGGAAAACACGCCUCGAAGAUAUUCAGAUUGCCUUCAAGCCUAAAACCUCUUUCUAAUAAGCAAAAAUCUUUCUUUCGCUGAGAUUUUUAGCAAGUUUUCUUCAUAAAAAUCGUGAGAACUUUAUCUUGUGAAUUUUGUUCGAGAAAUUGCUUCAUAUGAGCUUUUUAAAACGCGCAACUUAGGAACUGAAAUGAGAAGAAUGGUGAAUUAGUUCAAAUCAAAAUAAGUCUGAAAUCUUCUGGGAAAAUUUUUAGUGGCUAAUUUAGGGUUCUGAAGUUUUAGUGGUCACUAUAGUAGUCGAAUAGUGGACUCUCAAGUGACUAAAACUUGGUGGAUAUUUAGGAGUCUAAGUGAGAACACUAAAACCCACUGGAGUGACCACUAAGACUCAAUACGGAAGUACAACCAGCCCAUAUGUCACAAUAAUAUCUGAAUUACAAAGAUUACUCUUACCAUCGUCACUCACGCUGCGUGUCCGCGUCGCGGUCAUUGUCCAUUCUCGGCUUCUAAAGUUUUUAAAAAAGCCUAAUGAAAAACUUUGUUCGGCUCGCUUCUUCUUGAAGUUAACCAGUCAAUCAAGAAUAUAAUUCGCAGAGCUUGAUAAGAAAGUUCGGAAAAACUAAAGUUAUCGUUUCAGGUAUGUCGUGCGAGUAUGAAAGAAGCAUCAGCACGAACAUUUAUCAAAUUUCCGCAAUGAUCUACCAAAUAAUAGUUUCAAUAUUGUCCGUAUAUUCAAAUGUUCGUCUGUUCCUGUUUGCCAAGCAAACCUCCUACUUUCACAGCAAUUUCAAGGUUUCUUUUUUCAUUUUAAUUCAGCCGAAUACUUUUAAAUUUCAGUUAUUCGUAUAUUCACUUGUCGUCACUAACAUGAUACACUCCGUCCUACAGAUAGCUCUUUUCGUGAGUAGAAAGUGAAGAAAGUCUUCUUUCAUGCUCUAUUUUUUUUUCAAGUAUGAUCCUCAAUAGGCGGAGUAUGAUGGAGUCAUUGAUGAAAAUAUGUAGAAAUGGGGGAAAAAAAGAAGAAUCAAAACUUUCAGGCGACGCACUUGUUCAUGUGGUUCACUUUGGAUCCUUGCGACGCCGUCCUUCCUGCCUUUGUUUGCUUGAUUUUCCGGCUACCAUUGAUCUCAUGCUACAUGUAAGUGGAAAUACAUUGCCGCAUGUGGAAUGGCUCGGCGGCUGCAAAGUGGUCGAUUGAAGUAUCCGAUCCUAAGCGACUUGCUUUAAUUCGUAUAAAAGAGUAUCUAGUAGCGGAAACUUGCGAAAAAUUGUUUUCUGAAUUUUCAUUAUUGUUAAAAUAUUGCGGUAGAGCCUUUCUGUUUCUACUUGACAUUUUUCGAGUGUCUGCGUCUCUCUUUUCCCUCACCGGAGAGGUCAGAGAACGUGAAACAACACGUCAAAAUGAGAGAGUCGCCGAGAGACGUAGAGGGCUCAUAGAAAAAAAGUUGUUUCAAAUCGCGAAAAACGGAGCAAAAAAAUAUAUGGAAAUUUUGAAAAGGAUUACAGGAUAAGCUCUCUUUUUCUUUGUGGGAUGACCAUUGAGAGGACGAUUGCCACAGUUCUUCAUACGGCCUAUGGUCAAUGUUCGACACUUGGGGGAUAUGUUAUCCUAUUCAUAAUGGUAAGUGAUCAUGUCGUCCUCACAGAAACAUCUGUGAAACUACGUUCCAAUUCUCUGCUAAAUCAAAGAACAAUUAAAUAAUUGUUCGCGAAACUGUUGUUGAUCUAGAGUGGUUUGUAGAACAACUAGAUCUUCUUUUGAUAGUUCAGCGUUCCAACGAUCAGCUGCUUUUAUAUACCUCAUCUGCAACUUGAUAAACAUGAAACUAUUUUCAAGGAAUGGAAAACUUUACAGGCGACGGUGGGCAUAGCAAGUGCCGUAUUCUCACAACGCAACUACAAUUUCGACACGUCCUCGAUCUACUGCACUGGAGCAUCAAAAGAAGUUUUUGACGACAUGAGAACCGUAACCUACGUCUUUGGCGCCGUCGAAGUUCUCGUCAUCGUCUACACCGCCGUCCUCUACGCCAUCAACCGACUUCAACUCAGAGUGUUUAGUUUGAUCGUCUGAGGCGCUUAGAAAGUUUCAACUUCAGGAAGUUCUAUCACAAUCUCCAACGGGAGAGUCAGAUUUCGGAGAACGUCGAGGCGCUGGAGUUGUUAUUUCCGCUUUUUGUCUUCCACUUUUCCCUUUUCCUCGUUUUCAACGGCACAACGUCUCAUUUGGAUUAUAUUCAACAGGCGAUUUCCAAUGCAAUUCUCUUCCGAGCUUUCGUCACCGUUAAUUAUGUUAGUUUCUUUUUUUUUUGAGUCCUGUAAAAAAUAAGAGUGAGAGCUCCCCGCUUUCUUUCAAAAGUUAUUUCUGAAUUUCUGACAUUUUCUAUUCAGAUGAUCCCUAUCUACACUUUGAUAUCUCCAGUAAUCGUGCAAGGAAUCUUGAAAAGAGGGGCCAAUAUUCGGAAAAAGAAGCUCGACGCCGCCAGAAGAGUUCAAGUCGACGUUCGCGAAGUCUAUUUUGGAAUUUAUCAGAAACAUUGGUGA